UGAUUACUCGCCGGCACCCAGUGAUUGCCGAGUAAUACAGACAGGGUGAGAGAACUGUAUGUAAACAAUGCAGUUCUCCCCUGUCAGCUCCUGCACACUGCUUUGUACGGCUCUGCAAAGCAGAGCCGUACAAAGCAGUGUGCUUACAGUGAAGCACACACACAACACAUACUGUGAAACACCACACAGUUAACCCUUUGAUCGCCCCAGAUGUUUACCCCUUGCUGCCCAGUGUCAUUAGUACAGUGUCAGUGCUUUUUAUUAGCACUGAUCACUGUGUUAGUGUCAGUGGGGAUGUCAGUGGCAAUUAGUCAGUUCCGCCCCAGUGUCAGAAUGCCCGCCGCAGUCCCGCUAUGAGU